AUGCUGCCGUCCAGUACACUUGUGGCCACUUCUGGCGCAACGUUCCGUAGGCCGCAAGCUGCUACGUCCGCACCCGCUCGGCCACGGAAGCCGUGUGUGUUCUGCGGUGGUGCCCACAACCACGAUGCCUGCGGAAGGUUCGCAACUACCUCAGCUCGGAAGGACAGGCUCCUUGAGCUCCAUCUCUGUUACCGUUGUCUUGGCAAAGGCCAUGUCGCAUCUGCCUGCACCCAGCAACGGAAAUGCCGACAUUGCCAGAAGCCGAAUCAUCACAACACUGCUAUUUGUUCGCGGUGCCAACAGUCUGCUGUUCACCAGAUCAGUGUCAACAAUGUGCAACAGCAGCCGCCACCCCAGCAACAGCAGCAGCCACGGCCGCAGCGGUCGCCGCCUCCGCCGCCACAACAACAGCUGCCACAGCAGCAGUCUCAAUCCGCUACGACACCAGCACAGUUCUCAUCUUCAUGUAUGUCUGUCAAUGUCCAGUGCAACACGGUACAGGAUCGUGUCGGUUUAGCGCGCAUGAUGACUGCAACUUUUGCUAUCGCCGCCAAUGGUCGCCGUACCACUGUGCGCAUCCUGUUUGACAGUGGCAGUCAAUCAACAUUCCUCAGCGCAUCUGCUGCUGAGCAACUUCAACUUCAGCCCCUCGGUAAGGACACGCUGAACGUAUUCUCCUUUGGCAGUGAGACUCCUCUGCGCCUUGUGCCAGAUGUGGUACAAUUUGCUCUCCUCCACAAGGACGGUUCUACUCGGACUCUUCAUGCGCAUGUGUUGCCAGCAUCGAAGACGAUCCACCCUGUGCAGCACAGCUCACUCUCUGCGGCAGACAGAGCAGUUCUGAUCAAUCUGCCGGCAGACUCUCUGGCUGAUCCGUUACCGGACGGUGCCUCCACUCAUGCAGUUGACUUGCUACUGGGCAUACAGUACUUCUGGGACCUCAUGAGUGGUCUGCCAACACGGUUGCCUUCUGGCCUCUACCUCAUUCUGUCUCGAUUGGGAUAUCUGUUGUCUGGCAACCCGAAUCCAGCCACUGCAGACAGCUCGCAUGCCUCUGCUUCUGACUCUGUGGUCUUUGUGUGCGCUACGGAACGCGUACCGGAUCUGUCCGAGAUGUGGUCUCUCGACAGUAUUGGUAUCAGUGACUCGCCGUUCCUCACUGACGACAACCGUGCCCAGCAGCACUUCAACUCAACCGUCCGAUUUCGCGAUGGCCGAUAUGAAGUCGCUUGGCCGUGGAAGUCUGAGCCACCUGACCUGCGAGACAACUAUGGCCUCGCACUUGGUCGUUUGACCUCCCUCGCUAAGCAGCUCGCUAGGGACCAUGACCUGCUAUUGCGCUACGAUGCAGUGAUCCAGUCUCAGGUUGAGCUGGGUAUUGUUGAACGUGUGUCAACCAACACUUCAACUCACACAGUCAAGCACUACCUGCCGCACCAGCCAGUCGUGACACCCUCCAAGGCGACCACUAAGCUGCGCAUUGUAUACGAUGCCUCGGCCAAGUCAUCCAAAGCAACGAAGUGUCUGAACGAGUGCAUGCAUCGUGGCCCUAUCAACUUGCCGAAUCUCUGUGGCAUACUUCUCCGCUUCCGUUGCCACUCCAUUGUGCUGUUGGCUGACAUCAAGAAAGCGUUUCUCCAGCUCAGCAUUCGUCCGGAUGACCGAGAUGUUACACGUUUUCUCUGGUUUGACGAUCCAGCAAAGCCUGCCACAUCCAAGGACAACUUGGCUGUGUAUCGUUUCUGCAGGAUGCCGUUCGGUAUUGUUGCCAGUCCGUUUCUGCUGGAAGCUACUAUCCAUCACCAUCUGCAGCUGCAGUGUACUCCUCUUGCCGCUUCUAUCGAUCAGAAUAUCUACGUGGACAACGUGUUGAUUGGUGUCUCGGAUGUUUCUGAUGUUCUUGCCGUAUAUGAGGAGGCCAAGUCCGUUUUCCAGCGUGCAUCAAUGAAUUUGCGUGAGUGGACAACCAAUAGUACAGCUGCUCGGGCGACUCUACCAGCGGAUGACAUCGUCACGACUCGACAUGUCAAGGUGCUUGGUUUACAGUGGGACACACAUGACGAUGUAUUGUCAAUUGCUGGUUCUCGCUGCACCCUCUCUGCUGCUGCACCUGCUACUAAGCGCAUUGUCUUGCAAGCCGUCUCUGCUUUGUACGAUCCGCUUGGUCUACUCGUACCAGCCAUUCUGUCUGGGCGCCUGCUACUUCGUCAAUUGUGGCAAGCUGAGCUCAAUUGGGAUGACCCUCUACCUGCACACUUUACUGACGAGUGGUCUGCUAUCUCCUCUAUGAUGCCAUCGCUCUCUUCGAUCACUAUUCCCCGUUUGUGUUGCCCGGUCGGCAGCGCUACGGAUGUGCAGCUCCAUAUCUUCACUGACGCUUCUGUCAAUGCGUAUGCAGCUGCUGGCUACCUCCGGGUCACAGAUGGCAGUUCGGUACACUCUGCCCUCGUCUUCAGCAAGAUGCGGCUCGCACCAGCUCCCAAGAAGUCAUCUUCUACAGCUGACACCAUGACCAUUCCUCGCCUGGAAUUACUGGGUGCUGUCAUAGGUGCUCGACUUGCGUCAUUCCUUCGGCAGGAGCUCAACCUCACGCUCUCGUCCACUACUGUCUGGACUGAUGCCAGGUGCGUUCUGCAUUGGCUUGUAUCAAGUCGGGACCUGUCUACAUUUGUGGCCAAUCGCAUCGCUAGUUUACGUGCUCUGCCGGACAUCACGUAUCGCUAUGUCCCCAGUGCUGCUAAUCCUGUUGAUUUGGCUACUUGUCCGCAAACAGCUGCGCAGCUCGCCGACAGUACUCUAUGGUGGUCUGGUCCUUCGUGGCUAACAGAAGACGUCAGCAAAUGGCCUGCUUCUAGUCACCCCACCAUCACUCCUCAGGACUUGGCGUUGGCCGAGGCCGAGUAUCGUGGACCUCGUCUCAUCCACAGCAUGCUCGCUACCCAACCAGUCCUGCCGCCGUCACUUGUGCAGCAGUCUAUCCUAACGCGCUCGUCCUCACUGUCCAAAGACGUCAGAAUCUUGACCUACUGCAUGCAUUUCCUCUAUCGUGUUGUGUGGACUCGGUUGCCAGCUGCUCAGCAGACACGCCUUCAGGAUGGCCAUGCUCUGCUAGCUCAGCUACUCAGCCAGUUUGAUGCUCAACCGUACGUCUUCAGCGUCAGUGUGCGACGCUUGGUUCUGUCUCUAUUCGUACGUUCAGCGCAGCACAGCUCCUAUCCUGAUCUGUACUCUGGUUCUCUCGCUGAUAGCACGUCACCGUUGGUGAAGCAAUUUGGUCUUCAGCGUGACCAGCUCGGUAUUAUCCGUUGUCAUGGCAAGCUUGCUCACGUCCAUGCCACCAGCCAGCCUGCUCUGCUGCCACGCCAGCAUCGUCUCACUGUCUUGAUCAUUCUCGACAUCCAUGGCCGCCUGCUGGUCCAAGCCACACCCUCGCGCAGCUUCUCCUCAACUUCUGGGUUCCUCAUGGUCGUCAGGCUGUUCGCCAUGAACUGA